GUGGAGGUCAUGGUCUAUUGGUUGUAAGAAAUCCAAAUAAUUGCUCUGCUCUCAACUCCAAUUUUCCAGCCAUUUUUUGAGUGUUGAGCCGAGAAGGUUUCAUUCCGUGGAGCUUCUCAUAAAUGGAUUUAAAAUAAAUCAGAAUUUUGCAGUUCACGCUGAAUGUACUUUGAGUAAGACUGACUCUCUGUGGUAAACGUCAAGGUACGCGUGUGUGUGUGGGNCAAUUUUUUAAAAGAUAUGAAAUAAAGAAAUAAAUGGCAACUUAAAUAGAUAUAAAAAUUCCGAAAAAAAAAUGUAUGCUGGCAAUGGUGAAUUAUACAUGUUUUGUUUUCACUGCUUUAUAAAUUAUAAUUUAUAACUUAACUAGUACGUGAUGUCGUUAACUGCAGCACUCUAUCACACCAGGGUUCUUUGCACGUUAUAAAAAUACAUUGAUAAAAAUGUGACUCGGAUUCUUACUAAUUUUUUUCAAGGAGGCAAACAAUUGUUACUGAAUGAAAUGACGUUACUGGGUCAAACUCCGAUGAUACAAUUACAGGAAGAAGUCAUUUUUUUAAAUCAUUAUUCUAUCAAACUUAAAUUUCAUUUAUAAAAAAAAAAAUCGUCUGUCAAUGGAUGUUUUGUCGAUUUAACUUAAUUGUGGUCAAUUAAGCCAAAUUUCUAAGCAAUAUACUAUAGAAAGGUACACAUUAGCGCUCAAAUGUAUACUGUUUAGGUUAUACAGCUAUCAAAUUUUGAAGGAUUCUCCAUAAGGGCAAGUUGAAAAUGACAAGUUAAUUAACGUUAAUUUAAAAAAAAAAAUAUUUCUUCCAUUUUAGCAUCUAGUAUGAAUUCACCUUUAAAAAAAACAAAAAACAAGUUAUUACGAGGUUAUGUCUGAGUGCUUCUUGCCAGCUCAACUCCAUUAAAAUUGCGUGUAACUUAGUUAAAUUCUUAACAUUGAGUGUGACGCCUGUAGAGCUUACCAUCAUUAAUAUAUAAUCUAUGGCUUAUAACUAUGAAUAUCUCCCAAUAAAUUUAUUACAACCCUCCCCCCCCCCCACAUACGCUAUAUGUGUAGCGUUAGUUUACUGAAUGACAUUCUUAUCGGUGCUAAAUUUCUCAUGCUUAUGAUUACAUAAGUUUAUUGGAAGCAAGAUCAAUUCACAAACGACUAGAAUACCAGUUUUAUUUCGCUUCAAAUACCUUUAGUACCGUCGCUCAUUUUUAUCCGGACACCCGAAAGCUGUUACGGACUGUUAAGGACAAUAAUUUUAGGUCAAAUAAUUACGGACUGUUGUCAACGCUGGUCUUAGUGCACCAAAGAUAAUAUAAUAAGAUAUAAUUUAUGGGAUGCACUCCAAAAAAAACAAAAAAAAACCCAAACAAACUAUUUGCUUAUUAUGCAACAUAAUACUUCUACAGAUAUAAGGCGAGCUGAAGACCUGCUAUUCCAAUCAUGUUGUGGUACAUUUUGCUCGUUACAAGUCUGAUCAGUAUCUCCAAGUCACAUGCAGGUAACGGAGGGUACCGCGAUUUCGACCACCGUGGGAGUUACAAACGACCCCAUUCCAGGGAGAUGAUACGAAUGGGACCGGAAGCCAUUCACGAGUGGGUUACCCUCGACUACGACUGGCCUUGUGAUUGGGUGAAAGACUAUUACACGUCUAAAGGGUGGUACGAGCCAAGCGUCAAUUCACUUUCCGGCAUUGACGUGUACGACGACGAUAUUUACGUCACAGUCUUGCGCAUGAGCAAAGGCGUCCCCUCUGGGCUGAACAAAGUCGUGGUGAAGCACGGGCAAUCACUACUACAGCCGUUUCCAAGUUUUAUGUUCAACGAAAUCGGAAACUGUUCUAACCUUCAGUUCCCCAUCUCGACCGCCACCGAUCCGAAUACAGGUCUGAUGUACGUCAUUGAUGUAGGAAGGGUUGGUUUGGCUCCGACGGACACCGGGUGCCCGGCUAAACUGGUUGUGCUUGAUCUCAACAACAAUGGCGCCGUGGUGAGGAGCCACGACUUCCCGGAAGAGGUCGUCUCGAAGCGCACGAACCUUCUCAACGACUUGGUGCUGGAUUACGUCACUAGAGACCGGAAAGACAUCCGGUACGCCUACGUCACAGAAACGAUGAACUUGAAAAUUGUCGUGUUCGACUUUGUUCAGAACAAGUCAUGGGCGUUCACGGACGAUUCAAUGAAGACGGACGCAGACAAGAUCAUUACCAUCAACAACGUGGCCUACCCGUCGGACACGCCUGUGGAUGGUAUUGCCAUAGACCCAGGGUUUAAAUUUGUCUACUACUGCGCUGUUGGGAGCAAGAAAUUGUUUCAGAUCCCUACGUUUAUCCUGAGGGAUCCCAACGGUCGGUUUAGUGGGAACCGUCGAUUUGUCGGCAACAAGAUAUCCAACUCCGAUGGCAUCUUCUAUGGUCAGAAGAAUUUAUACUACGGUGCCUUGGCAUUGAAUGCAGUUUACAGGUAUAUAUCACAGCCUUAUGAUUUAAGCAAUACACUAAAAACUAAAAUUUCAACAAAAAAAAUCUUGAUUUAUUUAACAACUAAUCAAUUUUUUUGAAAAUAUCUGUUAAAAUAUCCUUAAUAGUUAAUGAACGCACAUCGGAAUGAAACUUGUAGAGAUCCAAAACAAUGCAAUUGUGUAAAUACUACUCCCAGACACAACAAAUUAAAUCUGAACGAAAACAAUGUGUAUAAUAUUUAGAAUUUUGACUAAACUAUAUAUCCCACUCUAUGUAUCCCAAUAUGUAUCCCACUAUAUAUAUCCCACUAUGUAUCCCACCAUAUAUAUCCCACUGUGUAUCCCACGUGAAUAUUUACGGUCAAGUAAAACAAACAUUAUUUAAUAAGCCUGACACUGACCCCUGUUGUAAUUUUGAAACGUGUCCACUGGGUCGUGCACACUCACAAGUUUGGGAAACGUUGGAUUAAAACUAACACAACACUUUGACCACGAUAUGGGGACCAUGUUAAAAUGCAUUGAUUCUGAACAUUAAUCGAUUGUUUGCCCGCUGGGUUCCUAAAUAAUUGAACAAGUAGGUUCAAUCCUCCUUUGUUGACAAAAAUUAUAAUCUCAGAAAAUCGAUCAGACAAUCAUUCGACAUUACUUUUCAAUUGUUGUUUCAGAUGGGACAUCAGUAAGGACAUAGCAUACGCCACAGAGAGCAGCGUGACCUUAGUGUCAGAGACAGAAAUAGCACAGGAUGACGAGAGGGCCAGGUGGGUGGAGAGCUUGAAGAUAGACACCAGGGGCUAUCUGUGGUUCACCUCGUCCAGGCUGCAUGAGCUCUUCGCUGGCACACUCGACGUCAGUGGGCGGAGUGGCCCAAACUACCGCAUCAAUCGCGUCUACGUUGGGGAGAAACCUUAUCUGUUGAAGAUAUAAAUAAAAUAGUUACAUUACAUAUUAAACUUGGAGGACUGAACUUCUGAAGGACUUUAUGAUAUAUAUUUAAUUGAAAUCUAUAUAAGAUAAUAACUUAGAAAUACAUUGAGGUAAAGUUUGAACACAAACUGCAUUUGAUCUGAUACAUUAAAAAACAACAACAGCAAUCUUUAAAAGUAAAUCCAAAUGGGAGAAAUGUUUGUGUGUUGCACUUGGACACACGCCAAAUACCACGACAGAAAACACGGCCCCAUUUGAACUAUAAGCUUUGAACCGACUUGACAGAAGAGUAUCUCCCCUUUGUUGAUCUCUUUUAAUUCAAAUUAACGAACUGUCCAUGUCACUCGCGAAACCUUAGAGAGCUGACAUUCGGUGCCCACAUUUUGUAUGAGGGCCACUUACUUAACUCUAUUCUGAUCCUCCAUUUAUCUGUUCCACAAUACAUUAAGUCCGACAUCUUCAAAUGUUUUUGAGAUAUUUAUAAGCAUAAUACUAAUAUCUCUGAUGUAUUUUUUCUAAAAAAAAAAACAACAGAUUCUAUUAAUUUCAGAAAGUGCAGAAAAAGCUAUUAGUUUUUCUUUCUCACAAUACACAUCCUAUGAAUGAUUCUCACUAUGAUUAAAAUUUAAAUCCAAAAAACUAAGUUUUAAAAAGAUUAUAACGUGUCGUCUAUGUUGGGUAUAUGGAGUAUAAUACUAUGAUCGAAAAGCUGACACUCUUUCUUAUGUGGCUAAACCUCAUUACUUAUUAUUAUAAUUUUUUUGAAUAGGGCCUUCUUGAUAUUUGCAUUACAUCCUGUUUUUAUUUAACCCCC